GUGAACAAUCCGAAGCCGUGCCGUCCGUGACAGUCAGUCCGACGCGAAGAGUCAAAAACCAAGAAAAACUGACAAUAUCGUUUUUUUUUUUGCCGAUUUAUAAAAAAUACAGAGACGGACCGCGUCGACAGACUUUGCACGUUUACCGGCGCGGAAGUGUUUUUUUAUUCCACGUCGAGUGCGCCAAAUAUGAAGUCUGCAAGGUGUCUAGUGGGAAGUGUUAAGUUGUGUUAUUGUCUUGUACCUGUCUGACCCCGGGAUAACAAGGAGCAAGAGAGGAAAGAUGAAUCAAGAAAUGGCAAUGGUCGUUCGGAGGAACGAGGAAAGGGAAGCUCUCCGGAGUGUCAUCGCCCAAUGGAACGCGAACAGACUCGACCUGUUUGAACUUUCGGAACCAAAUCAAGAUUUAGAGUUUCAUGGGGUGAUGAGGUUCUACUUCCAGGACUCGGGCCAAAAGGUGGCCACGAAGUGUAUUAGGGUAGCUUCGGACGCCACGGCCCAGGUCGUCAUAGAAACGCUCAUCGAGAAAUUCAGGCCUGACAUGAGGAUGCUCUCAGUACCAGAGUACGCCUUGUACGAAAUACACGAAAACGGAGAUGAGAGGAGACUGGAACCGGAAGAAAAACCCCUGCUGGUGCAAUUGAACUGGCAUAAAGACGACAGAGAAGGAAGAUUUCUUCUUAGGAGAAUUGACGAUAAAACAAAUAUGCCAGAGGGAACGUUUCAGGAAGGCGGAUCCAGUUUUAGGCGAAAACUGUCGAAGAGGGAGAAGAAACAACUCAAAAAGCAGGAGAAGCUCAACAGAGUGAAGAGCUCCGGCCUGCCCAAUGAAGAGAUCGAUUCUGGUGUAGCUGAAAAACUUUAUACAGAACUCCCAGAGACCAGCUUUACACGUUCCAUAUCAAACCCGGAGGCUGUGAUGAGGAGACGAAGGCAGCAGAAACUGGAGCGCAAGCUUCAGCAAUUCAGGAGUAAAGACGGCGGUCCUGACACAGGUGGCACUCUGAAAAUAUAUGGCGAAGCACUAUGUCGAGAUGUACCGUACAAGACCCUGCUCCUUUCCAUCGGUGACACGGCAGCGCAAGUCGUUAAAGAAAUGCUCUUGAAAUAUGGCCUUGAUAAAGAAGAACCAUUACAUUACUGUCUAGUACAGGUGAAUACAGCGAUUGAAGAAACAAAAGACAACACUCCCGGCAACAACAACACGAUCAACAACAGGGAAUACAUUCUUGACGACGAUGAGUGCCCUCUUGCCAUUCUCAUGAACCACCCCAUGUCCAGAGGGUCGAUCAUGUUCCACGUGAGGCGGCGGCCGGCCGAUUUCCACCCUAGAAAAAGGAAGAAAAAACCCCAACAGGGAAAAUGGGGCCAGCACAACGAACUCCUCGACUACAGAUACGAAGACGGGGUCGACAGGCUGCCUUUCUUCCUCGAAUUGAAUCCAGAUGGUUCCGAGAUAGCCGGCGGUAGUGCGAAGCGUUACAAGCUCCAUCCGAACGUUACCGAGGUGGGCAGCGAGCGAGGAUCACCCCACGGACACGGACAGUCGCUCCAGUUGUUCGGGCCCAACAUACAGCCGAGGCACUGCGUCAUCGCGCAUACAGAAGGCAUCGUCACGGUCACACCCUGCAGCAGAGACGCCGAGACUUAUGUCAACGGACAAAGGAUCUACGAAACAACAAUACUUCAAGACGGUGCGACAGUGAAAUUCGGCAGGAUUCACAACUUCAGAUUCCUUGAUCCUUGCCACGAGGAAAGGGCAAGGCUCAGGCACGAUUCCUCCAGAUCCCCGCACGACUAUUCUUACGACAGACAAUCCGCACGAGACGAAACGUCGAGCCUGAGCGUUGGGAACGGUCCGACGACGACGAGCACGCCGUCCGGAAACCCUCUCAAUUACGAGACGACGUUCGAUGUCGACGGGAACGUCGAGACGAGGUCGACCUCCAGCCAGGGAAACAAGGAGGACACCAGGUCUCAGAGGUCGAUCAGCAGCAGCCGUGAGGGAAAUAGACUUUCCAAUUAUGAGAGAUACGCGAGAGGGACGGACGCGAUUCUUCCAGCUGUAUUGGAGGUCAGAGAAGAGACGGAAGAAGCACUUCUUCACGCAAUUAUAACCGACUUGGAUCCGACUGCGCCCGCUUUCAAGCUGUCCCCAGCUUACACGCUGUACCUCAUUGCGAGGUACAGAGCCUCGACGCAUUACAGACCCGAGCUGACGACGAUAGAAAGAGCGCAUAGGCUGACACUCAUGCUCGCCAGGGUGGCGGGCAUGAUCCAUAGCGUCAUACAGGAGAGGUACUGCGAAGUCAAGUGUCUAGCUUUGUGGCUGGCGAACGCCUCCGAGCUUCUGCACUUCCUAAAAUCGGACCGGCACAUUUCUGCGUUCUCCCUGGACGCCCAAGACACGUUGGCAGACGCGGUUCAAGUCGCCUUCAGACAUUUAGUCUCAUGCUUGCAAGGCGAACUUUCGGCCGUUAUGCCCAACUUCUUGUCCGACAGGGAGGAUUUGAGCCACGAUCCUGAAGAUUCUUCAACCGCUUCGGUAUUAGGGGUGUUGUUGUCGACGAUGUCGUUGUUGAGGCGGUACCGCGUCAACGCAGCGCUCACCAUCCAGCUCUUCUCCCAGCUUUUUCAUUACGUCAACGUAUGGGCGUUCAACAGGGUGGUUGCGCCCAACUCCAUAUACUGCUCACGAACAUGGGGGCUUCGUUUGAAAGCGAGGUUGGCUCAGAUCGAGAUGUGGGCCGAGAGACAAGGCCUUGAACUUGCAGCCGACUGUCACUUGGCCAGGCUCAUGCAAGCCGCGCACCUCUUGCAGGCUCCGAAGUACACUUGCGACGAUCUGGCGACACUCUCGUCCACCUGCUACAAGCUCAAUUCGCUACAGCUGCGCGCUUUGCUACAGAGAUACCAGCCCACGCCUGACGAGCCGAGAAUUCCACAUGAUAUCGUAGACAACGUCGUAAGAGUAGCCGAAAAUAUCGCCGACGAGCUGGCACGAUCCGACGGUCGUGAAGUAAGACUCGAAGAAGAUCCAGAACUGGCUCUUCCGUUUCUCCUACCGGAAGACGGCUACAGCUGCGAGAUGGUCCGCGGCGUCCCGCCGGGCCUCGUCGACUUCGUCGCACCGCUGCAGCACGCCAAUCUCUGCAGACUCACGGCCCAGCCUACGUCCAACGGACUCUGGACUGUCUAUAUGGGCCCUGUAAACUCGACGGCGAGGAGCCCCAGUGCGAUGAGCAACAGGUCGGCGGGUUUCGUCCCGGCGCCCCAAGAGCCAGAAAUCCAGAUUAUCAAGCUGCACAAGUCCAACAACGGCAUGGGCCUUAGCAUCGUAGCCGCUAAAGGUGCUGGUCAAGACAGAUUGGGAAUCUACAUCAAAUCUGUUGUCAAAGGUGGUGCUGCAGAUGCUGAUGGCCGUUUACAAGCCGGAGACCAACUAUUGAAAGUCGACGGGCAAAGCUUGGUCGGAAUAACUCAAGAGAAGGCUGCAGAAUAUCUCGUAAGGACUGGGCCAAUUGUAACUCUGGAGGUGGCGAAGCAAGGAGCCAUCUAUCACGGCUUGGCAACACUUCUAUCACAACCUUCUCCAGUCAUGGCAAGGGGCCCACGGAGGAUGAGCGAACGGGAUUUACCUUCACGUGUGCUUAGCGAGCAGCAAACUCAACCGGCAAGAGGGCAGCUUCCUCCACAUCCACCGCAAAUGCAUAGCUCUAAGUCAGUCCCAUCCCUAAACACCGGAAACCACGAAUUAGAAAGACCAUUGGUGAACAUGAAUCAAACAAUUAUAGGGAAUAGUACAAUGCCUAGACCGAACCAUGAAGUUUUUAACCCUGGUUAUAGUAGAACAUCGUCUACGAACAGCAUCCCUCAGAAAUCAUUUGAAGGACAGCCUCAUCCAAAUCAACAUCAAGUUAGAUCAAGAUCAAAUCAGAAUUUGGCAGAACAACGCCUGAAUCCUAUUCAAGGCAAUCACGUCAAUCAGAGGCAGCCCUCCAACCCUAGUCUUGUACCAAAUAACUACAACCACCACCAGCCACCGUAUGCCGGCCAUCAACAGCCGAUGGGCCCGUAUCACCAUCACUCCCAGCUGGCGGCCCAGCAAGGUCCACCUCAUCCCCAGUAUCAGAUGCAGCAGCACAUGCACCUUCCUCAGCAGCAGAAUAGCCCCGUCGGUGACAACGGUGAAAGAUUCUACCAGAAUCUGAGCAUUUACAGAAACCAAGAGGUGCACAACGGCUAUCCUCCACCUCAAAACGGAAUAGGAAGGGGAAAAAUGCCGAGUCCCCAAGACGAGAGGAAUGCGAUCAACAUGCAAAAAGGCUUCAGAGGUUCUCAGUCUUCUCUACAAAGCAGGAAUACGAAUGACGCUUUGAAUUCUAAAGACAGACCUGCGUCGGCUUAUCUUCCAAAUAACUAUUCAUCCCAACUUCCACCUCAAGGUAUGACUUCUCGUUCUCAGUCUUCCAGAGAUAUGUUAAGGCAAGAAGCAAAAAUUCAAGAAAUGACUGAAGAAGUUAGAAGACGGGAAAUGAGAGUUACCUCACCACAACUACGAACUCCUAUUGGAGGACCAAUUCAAGGAUCCCCGUUGCGAUACACGGGUGGAUACAGCGAUGGAAAUUUCCAAAUGACAAACAGCACCCAGCAACACGAUUAUUCUGACAGCCCACCACCGCCACCUCCUCCACCUACGUCCACUCAUCCGCUUUAUCAGCAGCAGCCACGAUCAGACUCAAGAUACGCUGCCAGUGGCGGAGAACCACCGAGAGGAGCGUACUACUCGACUUCACCCAGUACACAACAAAACAAAAACUAUUUUCCUGGUAACCCCUGGCAAAGAGAAGAAAGAGAAAGAGAAGCAGAAAGGAAGAGGGAUAUGGCAAGACAUUGGAGGGACCAGCAGAUCAGCGAGUUACUGAACCUACCCGUCCGAAAUGCUCAGCAAGAAGAGCAUUUAAGAGCUUUGAAAUUGGAAAGAGAAUUUGAAAGAAGAGCAGAGGAGGAGCUCGAAGAGGAAGAAGAAGAAGAUCAGGAAACCGCUGAGAGAGUUCAGGGGUUGUUAAGAGUAGCACACCAAAAUGAAGAGCGUAGAUCAAUGAGGACAUUGCCAUCCAGUUCUAACAUACCGACAAGUCAGCCAGGUCAAAGUCCUCAGAUAAACGGCUCCAUCAGUCGACCGAUAAUGGCGACAGCCACACCGACAUUUUCACAUGCAAGUAAUGAAGAAAAGGCAAGACUGCAAAGGCUAAAAGAGUUAAAAAUGAAACAGGCAGAAGUUGAAGCCGAGCGUAUGAAGAAAAAAAUGGAAGAAGAAAAUAAAAAUCAGGGAAUACAAUCUUAUCAAACAGUGACAAGUAGAGUUGUGAACAAUCAGAACAUUUCAAGCAUGAGGACGACAACUUCAAAUUUGAGAUUGGACAACCUUGUAAUAAACACGCCAGCGAAUAAUAACAAUUAUCAAAAUAACGGUUACAGUUCAAGCCAAGCUAGUCCUGCAGGCCAAAGAUUGGACAUGAUGCUAGGACAAAGCCCAAAUGGGCCGCCACAGCCACCUGAGCGAGGCUCUUCGUUCGCGAUCAUGUCGUGCGCGCAGGGGCAAAUGAGGAGCCCUAAUUCGAACACUUCGCCUACAACGAACAACACGACUCCGACGAUCGCGACGGCAAAAAGGGUUUCAUUCCAAGAACCUCCACCUCCUCCUCCACCCUCAAAUCCUGCACCUCCUCUAGAAAAUAUCAGAGAAGAUCCCAAUCACUUCAUCAAUGAAGCAGAGACGAUGCUUGCAUCACCUGUUAGCCCAGAAAUCAACUUCACAGGAAGCACACCAGGUGUAAUCGGAGCCCAGGAAGUUUACAAGGAUCCAAGGCAGAGAAGACUCGCUGAGCAGCAACACCAGAAACUCUUGUCGAACAAAGGCGCCGUCCCGGAAAAGCUGAGUUUUAAAGAGAAAAUGAAGAUGUUCGCCAUGGAAACUGGGGAGGAAUCAACCCCUAAGGACAAAGUGAAAAUUUCAAGGGCACAAAGGGAUAUCGACAAUAUCGGGUCACCGACAACCCAGAACAAUAAUUCCAACACCCAAGCAAAUUAAAAAAAAAUUACAUUGUUUAACAUGUAUUCCAGGUUACCUUAUUACAAUUUAUUUGUAUAUAUGAAUUCUAAAAGAGGGAAUGUAUAUUACCUGUAAUUCUACAACAGCACAAGCCUAGGGUUUACAUAUGUACUGUAUAUAAACUGUUUUCUAAUGGGCUGCAAAUAAAUAAUAUACGUUAUGUCAAUACACGAGUGUAUAAAAGCAAAUUUAUUGUAGAUAGAAUGUAAUUUUUUAAACAAAUUAACUACAUUGUGAAAUGAUUAUAAACUGGGGUGACUUGUGACAAAUAUAAAGGCUUAUACCAUUCUUGGAUAAUUUAUCAAAUAAAAUAUAUAUUUUGUUAUAAAUUAUUAUAAAUAUAUAUUUACAUAGUAUUAUUUUUUAAUCUAUAAUGAUAAAUUUUGUAAGUCAAUUUUUUUUGUUUUGUUUUUAAAAUUUUAAAAGUUAAUUUUGAGUUUUUGAUAUAUAUAUAAAUAUAUUUUUACUAUAAAAUGAGUGUGUUGUAUAAAAAUUAUAUUUAAAAAAAGAAAGAAAAAAAGAGGGGUCACUAAUAUUAUAAUGUAAGGAAUCUGGACCGUCCAUUGGUUAGCAUGUUGUAAUUAUAUUUUUAUAGUUGUUGACGAAUGCAAUACAGAUUAUAAAAAGUUUUGAUGAUUCGCAAUGGAGAUUCAGUGCUUUAUUAAUUAAAUCAUCACGCAUCAUCAUUAUAGUUGAUAUCUUUUCCAUCUUAGAUGUACAGCUCUCUUUAUUAAUCAGGAAGUUAAAUCGUAAUAUUUCUUUGUAUAUUAUUGUAUUUAAUGUAAAUAAACUGUUAAAUUGAUAUCCAGCACUGAAAAAAAAAAAAA